GUAAGGGCUUGCUGACAGAUCUUCUUGCUGUGGGGAAAACACCUCACAUGAAUUAUUGAUAAUGGCUGCCUGAGGGUGUGUUUAACAGCCUGCUGUGUCAUUAUGAGAGAGAUCACAUUUUAGACGAAGGAAGCCGUACAGUUAAAAAGCAAAAGAAAAUUAAAUGAAUAAUAGAUAGAGACAGAGCACAAUUGUUCAGCGAUGACAUGUAUAGAAGAAAACCUAGGCAGAGAGAAAGGAAGAACAAAGGUGUACAUGUAGCUUAGCUAUCAAAACAUCACAAAAAGGAAUCAAAUACUGUUAUAGAAAGAGCAGUUGGUUAAAAUGAGCACAAGAGGACGUCUUCUUUAGGUCAGUGUAAGAAAGCAUUAGAAAGACAGAGAUACUGCACUGGCAUGCGAGAAUGACGAGUCGACAUCCCUGUUUCUAUCGAGUUCCUCCACAGCAGUUACACAGGAGAAACCAGCUAACAGAAGCCACCCAGACUAAAGUCCUCAACACCGUCAUCAGCGUGAAGAGAACAUCACCAGCUUUGUGUUACGAGCCUGAUUUCAUAUGGAAGGACACCAACUUUGCAUCACUGGAGCGGAAUAUUCGAGACCUGGAGGACGAGAUCCAAACGAUGAAGACAAAUGGCCUUUGGCACACAGAUGGCCGGGGUGAAGACUUCAAACAGAUGGAAGUCUAUAAGAACCACUCAAAGUUCAUGAAGAACAAGAUUGAUCUGCUGAAACAGGAAGUAGUAAAGAAAGACUCUGAGUCGAUGGCGCUGCAAACUAAGCUUGACACACUGAGCAAUCAAAACUCUGACUGCAAACAGCACAUAGAAGUCCUGAAGGAAUCUCUCAUAGCCAAAGAACACAGAGCUAAUAUCCUUCAGACAGAGGUGGAUGCUCUACGUCUACGUCUGGAAGAGAGAGAGUCAUUCCUAAGCAAGAAGAUCAGUCAGACCCAGGAUCUCAUAGAAGAGAAGGGAACACUAAAUAGUGAGAUAUGUGACCUGAAGGACAUGUUGGAGGUCAAGGAGAAGAAAAUCAACAUCCUGCAGAAAAAGGCUGAGAACCUGCAGGAGCAGUUAAAAGACAAAGACAAACAGUUGGACAGUUUGGGGGACAGAGUGACAUCUCUGCAAGCCGACACCAGCAACACAGACACAGCUCUCAUUACACUGGAAGAGGCUCUCUCUGAGAAGAUAGAAGAGGCAGAAAUGUAUAAGAAUGAAAAUAAGGAACUGAAAAGCCAACUUGCCUCCCUACAAGAGCGUCUCUCAGAGAAAGAGGCGUGUGAAGCUGAACACAUUGCUCGCUGGAACCCUGAGCUGUCAGGGCAACUGCAGGUUGUCCAAACAGAAGCUGUCCAUCAUAAAGAGGAAGUGGAGAAGUCUAAUGCUGAAGUCCAGAGAUUGCUGGCUCUUUUGCGGGAGCUGCAGUCUCAACGUCUUGAGCAGGACAAGAGAAUCAUUGAGCUGGAGAGACAAGUGAAGGAACAGAACCAAAAGCAGUCUGUGAAUCCAGGCCAAGCUGGAGAAAUGAGUCCCAAUACUUCAAGACAGUUGGACGAUUUGAUGUCGGCUCUAGACAAAACCAGAAAAGAGUUAGACGCUACAAGACAACAGUUGUCGUCUACGCAGAAUGCUCUGUCUGAACGUGACAAUGAGAUGAGCAGGAUACGAGCUGAUCACAGUAAACAGCUAACAGAGAUCCUGCAGUUAAAACAACAGGCUUUGCUGGCUGCUGUCAGUGAAAAAGAUGGCUGCAUCAAUCUACUAGAACUUUCUCCCAUGAGAAACAUAUCGACCUCUGAGAAUGUAAUGACCUUGAGGAGAGAGAAGGAAAGGUUUACGAAUUAUCAAAAACAGCAGGCACACAGCAGGAUGAAGCACAUGGCAGAACAUUAUGAAGAUGGACACAUUCAUCCACAGUAUUCCCAUCAUUCGCAUCAUGGACAGCAGCGUGAACUGAUCUCCCCCCCACCAGAGCAGGAUGAUGAGGAUGGCAUAUGGGCAUGACAAAACAGAAACUCCACUGAAUGUUAGAAACCGGGGCAUUCCAGGUGGAGGAUGGAGCAGAGCCCCUGGACCCAUGCUUUAUAGGGAUUGACCAGCCAUAAAACCAAGUGGAGGCCUCCUUAAGUGCUAGCUUCUGAGAGGGGUGCACCUGAACACACAGGAGCCUCUAGAUCAGGGAAGAAGAGGGCUGUCUCCAGAGCUGCCAUCAUCCUUGCCAUCUAGUCUAGUGAUGUAUGUGCAGUUACUGUAGUGAACUCUUCAUGCUGGACUGAAGAAUGUUGAGCACACUGGUGCACCAAUCUCUGCUCGUGGAUAGCGGUCUUUAACUAAAUAUUUUGAUGGGACUGAGCUUCUUUGACGCACAUUGAGUGUAGAUUAUGCAGUGCCUUGCACGGACCCCAGUUUAAUGUACUGUUAAGUGUUUUGAAGUUUAAUUGUCUUUGCUUUUCAUAAGCCUAUGCAUUUAAAGGGUUAGUUUGCCCAAACAUGAAAAUGUGCUCACCCUCAGGCCAUCCAAGCUGUAGAUGAGUUUGUUUCUUCAUUGGAAGAGAUUCAGAGAAAUGUAGCAUUCCAUAACUUGCUCACAUGUGGAUCCACUGCAGUGAAUGGGUGCCCAAAAAAUCCACAAGUAAUUUGUUUAUUUGGUUUUAUAAUGUUAAUAAAUGGACUGGAAUUGUAUGGAUUACUUGUAGAUUAUUAUGAUGUUUUUAUCAGCUGUCUGCACUCUUCUGACAACCCAUUUACUUGUAUCUCGAAAUCUGUUCUGGUGAACAAACAAAUGGUCCCACUAUAUAUUAGGUGUCAUUAAUUAGAGUCAUUAAUUAAUGGGAGUGUGGGGGAGAGUUGUGGUCUGGGGUGGUAUGGCAGCAGCUAUGUUUUGGUAAAUGGUAAGGUUUUUCCCAACUGUUUCUAAUUAAACAAACCUAAUUCAACUCAUCAGCCUGUUAGUAAGGAUUUCAAGACCAGAAAUAGAUGGGUUAGAUGAGGGAGAAUGUAUACUGUUGGUGUGCCUCUAGGAAUAGGAUUGGGAAACACUAUAUAUGAACAGAUAUAUGUUUUGCAAGUAAGUAAUGACUAUACUUCCUUUAUGGCUUCAAUCAACAUGUCUCUUGAA